UAGCAACACCAACUGCCCUUAGGGCAUUCCUUCAGUGCCUAUCAGGGCCACCAUUAGCCAUGUUGUCAAGACUGAGGAGUCUGUUUGGGAGAGAGAGUGGAAGACGUCCAGAGACCAGAGUGAGGCAAAAUGAAGUUACCCUUCAGGGUCAGAGAAAAACACGAACAAAGAAAUGGCUCUGGCGAAGGCAGAAUACUGCUGCAGAGCCAUUGUCCCACCCAACGCUCCCCACAAAGACACCAGUAGAGGAGAAAAUGGAGAGACUGACCACGGAGCUGCAGCUGAUGACCAGACAAAGAAAUGAGCUGCGAGAACGCCUCAACUUCAUCACAGAAGGCACCGUGGACAAUAGAUACUGGGAGCGAGGCAUCUGUGGUACGGCCUAA